GGGUCUUUCUCUAUUUGUCGGUCCCUUCCCUCCUUUCCUCUUUCCGCAGACGCAACAAGAAAAAUCCAGAAACGGAAUCCUAUUGUGUCCGAUUCAAGCAAAGUGAUUGUCUUUAGCAAUUUUCCGGGAAAAUCCGAGAAAACCCAGGAGAGAGAGAGGAGAGGAUUUGUUUCUGGAGGAGACAGAGAGAGAAUACGGAGAGGAUAUGGUGGGAUGAAGGCGGAGGGAGAUGGCGAGAGGAGGAGAAUGGGUCGGAGGACGGUGGAGCUACGGAGGAGGAGUUACCGGAGGCGGGUUUUUCUCCCGCAAGAAGAUCACUCUCCUUGUUUGCUUUCUCAACAUUCUCGUCGCUCUUUAUGUUCUUCGCUCUCGCUAUGUUUCUUCUCUUCACCUCUAUUCUAAUAAUGAGCAGGUCGCAAAGUAUACAGCGGAUGAGACUAGGAAAAUGGAGGAAUCUAUCCGGAUCCGUAGAUCGAAGGAGCCCAUUGAACUUGUUAGAUUGGUGAAGAAGCUGAAUCAUGAGUUCUCCAUUGAAGAACCAAGGAUUGAAUUAUCUCAGCCCGUAAAACAGAGAAUAGUCGACCAGAUCUUGCACCGUUUGAAGAGCUUAGACGAGAAAUUGAAUGUUACCCAACAGAGAGAAGCUGUAGAAAAUUGGCGCCAGGAAAAAUUGAAGGAAGUCAAAGAGCUGAGCUUGGGAAGUGAAGGGACAAAUUCAACCAUCUUACAAGAAGCAGGGAUGCUUGCAAGAGCGCUCGAGUCUGAGUGGGAUGUGCUGUCUGAAGAGAUUGGUCUUUGGUUACCAGCUGAGGUUUUCAACGUAGAACACGAUGAUAAACCCGAGGGCGAAACUGAGCCUGAGGAGGUCCUUGCGGGUAGACCAAUCCCGGCUCAAUGCAACGCUGAACUUCACACGGACUAUGAUGGGGCUGCUGUGAGAUGGGGACUAACCCAUCAUAAAGAAAGUGCGGCCGAAUGUUGCCAGGCUUGCUUAGACCAUGCAAAGCGUGCUAAGCCCGGGGAAUUGAGAUGCAACAUAUGGGUUUAUUGUCCAUCUGAGUUCGGAUGCUAUUCUCCUGAUAUUUACGAACACAAGCAUCAGGAAUGCUGGCUUAAAUACGCAGAGAAGCCGAAGCUGAACUUCAAGGACAGAUAUUCGGAGUCAUACAGAAACAACCAUCCGAAAGCUCCUGUGAUUGUUCCGUGGGUGUCGGGUGUUGUAACCGCUUGAACAGUCAUGUCACGGCGAUAUUCAUCGGAGACAAGCUUGUUUGGGACACUGUAGGAAGAAGUUUUGGUCUUACGCUUGUGUCUUUUGACGCUUAGAAAAUUGAUGGACCAUUGUUGCUGGGGUUACAUAUUAGAUAAUGGAAUGCCUUUUCUGUUUGGUCGAGUAUGCAAAGCAUUGUCUUUUCAAACUCUCUUCUACCUGACAUUGUUUCACAAGAUGUCCUUGACAGUUGACACUUCGUCUGUGUGUUUUGUUGUUUUUUUUUUGGGAGCGAGCAGUUAAUUUAGUUAUGGGCUGAGGGAUUAACCAAGAACAUUUUGAGCCCGAUAUGAAUCUAAGUUAAUGUUUGUUUCUCC